AUGUAUAUUUUCCAGGGUCUGUUGUCAUUACUUAGAAAGCUGAGACCAAAUCCUGAGAAAGAAGCCAGAAUAUUAUUGCUGGGCUUAGACAACGCGGGGAAAACGACUAUAUUAAAACAGUUGGCUAACGAAGAAAUUACAACGGUUACGCCGACUGCUGGUUUUAACAUUAAAUCCGUAUCUGCAGAUGGUUUCAAAUUAAAUGUAUGGGAUAUUGGAGGCCAGUGGAAAAUUCGACCUUACUGGAAGAACUACUUUGCGAAUACCGAUGUUUUGAUUUAUGUAAUAGACUGUACUGAUCGGGAACGAUUGGGUGAAACGGGAAACGAACUCUUCGAAAUAUUAAUGGACAAUCGAUUAAAGCAGGUGCCUCUCUUAGUAUUUGCCAACAAACAAGAUUUACCAAAUGCAAUGACAUCAUCUGAAGUGGCGGAGGCAAUUGGUUUGGUACGUUUGGAAGAGCGCACAUGGCAAAUUAAGGCAUGUUCAGCUGUGGAGGGGACGGGAAUCAAAGAAGGAAUGGACUGGGUAUGCAAACACAUGAAGAAAUGA